AGUGAUAAAGAGUGGUACAAAAACCUCGGUCAGUCAGACGUCACAGUGAUGCACUGAUACAGCUGAGAGAUACUGCAGCUGCUGAUGGAGGUUCACAAACAACACAAUAUUGUAUCAAACCUUUCAGAAACAUUAUUUAUUUAUUUAUUUAUUUAUUUAUUUUGAUGUACUAAUCAUGUAACAUCAUCUUUAUAUUAUAUAAAUGUUAGUGGUGCUUGGUCCUGCAAAACUUGCCACUACAAUGUAAUCUAACUGCAGGAAAGUCCGUCACUUUAAUUGCACUUCCAUGCUUCAUCACUAGAUGGCGUGUCUGUUACAUAACUGAGUUCUCUAUCUGUCAGUCACUUUGACGUUGUGUCGAUGUGAUGACACUAGUGUAGUGUUUCUCAACCUUUUUUACUCGAUGGCCUCCUCCUUCACCAGAUCAAUACUGCAGUGCCCCCCUAAGAUGCCUGACAUUUCCUCUUAUACUGAACUUCCACAGCAAAGAGAGAAAAGUGUUUGUAUUUAAGCCUUUUUAUUAACAUUUGUUUGCAUUAUUACUCUUCUACUGCAUGUUUUGUAAUAUUCUUUAAUAUUCUUUUUGAAAACAUAAUGGGCUCUAAGCAACGAGAAUUCUGAUGUAUUUCCGCUCAUACUUUAUACCGGCAGGGGCGCUUCCGGUUUGUUAGGUAAACAAGAGAAACCAUCAGCUAUGUGGGAGACAUGCCCCUCACUAAAACAACAAAGAAAACGACGUAGUUUUAUACGGUUUUAAAGUUUUAUAUGAGUUUAUAUCUUCUCCAUAACCAUGGAAAAGACCGUUUUCCGACGUCAAAAACAAAUAAAGUCAGCGUCGGAGCACUGUAGUGUCCCGCUGUGCUCUGUGUCUUCACGCUACAACUCCUGUGCUAGUUUUCAUUCCUUUCCGGUGAAGGAAGAGAUCAGGAAAAAAUGGAUUUUAAACAUUAGAAGGAUCAACUUCCAAAUCACGAAACACACAAAGGUAUGCAAUGUACAUUUCAAACCAGAUGAUUUUGUGGAAGGAACACGUAGGAGGCGUCUGAAAAAAGAUGCUGUCCCUACAGUAUUUGAGUGGAAUCGUGAACGUCAAAUGCAGCUGCCGAGGUUAAGUGUUUGGGAACGACGAGAUCGACCACCGCUACUGGACUCAGAUAUGGAGGAAAACUAAAUGGAAAUUGAUUGUGGACAUGAUUAUUGUUCAGUUCCGGAGCCUGCAGCUCUGGACUCAUCACUAUGUGAAAAUGAGGAGUUGACGAGAGAGAUAGAAGAUCUGCGGAAACAGCUGGAGCAGGCCAAGGUGAAUAGCCGCUUUGGCCUCCAGAGAUUUGCGGGGUCUGAUGAGGAUAUUCGCUUUUACACAAGAUUUGCAACCUAUAAACACAUGAUGGCCUUCUGGGAACAGAUUGAACCUUCAACACACAGGAUGAUUCGCGUCACCAGCUCCAAUGUCACCAGGGAGACUGGGCUAUAUGUGAAGAUUCGGGCACUUCCUGCUAUCGAUGAAUUCUUCCUCUUCAUGAUGCACCUUGCUUUGGGCCUCAAGCAGAAAGACCUGGCUCAUCGCUUCCAUGUCCAUCAGACUACGGUGAGCCACAUCAUAACCACUUGGGCGAACUUCCUCUAUUUUCUUUUAGGUUCCGUGCAAAUUUGGUUGCCGAAAGAGAGAGUACGAGCCUACCUGCCAGAGGAAUUUGAGAAUUUCCGAGACACCCAGGUUAUCCUCGACUGUACCGAGCUCCGCUGCCAAACGCCUUCAUCUCUGCUAUUACAGAGUGAGGUCUUUUCCAGCUACAAAUCUCACUGCACCUUCAAAGCUUUGAUAGGACUGGCACCUCAUGGUGCAGUAACUUUUGUCUCUGGACUGUAUGCGGGGUCAAUCAGUGACCGGGAGCUGUUCAAGCAAUCAGGGAUCAUCGACGUCCUCACGCCUGACAUGGCCAUAAUGGUGGACAAGGGCUUCUUAAUUGAUAACCUGGUACCAUGCAAAAUCCACAGGCCUGCUUUUGUGACCAAGGGCACAGAAAUGUCUGCCGGAGAGGUGAGACACACUCAGUCUGUGGCCAGGCUCAGGGUGCAUGUUGAGCGCCUGAUCCGGCGGGUGAAGGAACAUAAGUUGUUUGACGCAGUCAUCCCCUUGUCCAUUUCUGGUAGCAUUAAUCAACUGUUUGCAGUGUCAUGUCUUCUCAUUAACUAUCAGAAUGGACCACAUGUCAAGGCAUGGGCCCAGUGAGUCUACACAGUGUCAUUCUUGUCUGUGUACUAAGUCUUUUAAAGUCUUUAUUUGGCACAUUGAAAUGUUGUAAAUAUACUGUUGUAAAUAUGUUCUGGAAACUGUCUAAUUUUCUUACUAUGAUGGCCUGUUUUUUUGCUUGCCUUUUGACUUACCACAUAUAGUUCGUACCAACAUUCUUUCAUUACUGAUACCUGAUAAUUAACAUUCUUCUUGACCAGUUGGUUCAUUAAAAAAAGAAUUUUACAA